AACGGCCACAGUGCCACUUGCUCGUGCAGAAUCGCCUCCUCUCCUUCACCAACUCUCAAGGCUGCUAAAAGAAAAACCUUCAGAACUCACCACCAAAGCGAAUCAUGUUAUUCAAUGAAUUUAUAAAAAUCGUGUACACCGCUUCAGCCCUCAAUUUUGACCUCGUAAAUUCCCUUCUUCACUUCCUUUACUUUGGUCUAGUUUCUCUCCUCCAAAUCCAAUUUUGACUCCUACAUACAGUUCCUGUGCAUACCCCAGUUACUAGUGAGACCAGUUUUAAUCAUUUCAAUUGUAGUGCUACUCGGAGGUCUGAAAUUAGUUCAUCCAUUUCCUUUUCUAAUUCCCAUAAGAUUUUAUUUGAGUGAAAUUUUGGAUUCUAAGUGAGGUUCACUAAUGGAAAUUGUUUGCGAGUCUUCAAUUCUGGGGCGUUCCGUGUUUGUUUCUGGAAUAAAAUCCUCUCGCCUAUUGCAUUAUAACCGAGUGAAGUUUUCUCAAAAGAAUUUUCAAUUCUUAUCUCGUGUUUCAUCAAAUUUUGCCAAUCCUUAUAAUUUUAGACCACCUUGUAUUUCAGCUUCUCAUAGAAUCAGCGGCUCUGACCCUACAGCUCGCUCAAAAUCAUUAAUCACAGUUAAUGCUGAUCUGGGUAUUGAAGAAAAUGCAUCUAUGGGUGUGGAUUUAGAGUUAAUAAGAUUGUUAGUCAAACGUGCAGUUCUUUUGGGUGCAAUGGUGUGUGGGAUUUUGGUGUUUGGUUGCAGAAGAGUGUUUGCUACUGAAGGUGUGGUGAAUGCCGGGUAUGGUGUUAUUGGGCAGAGCAUAUUAUUAUUGAGGAGUGCAUGGCCUAAGCUUUCUCAGCUCCUGAGAGUUUUCAAGGAGCAGGGUUUGAUAUUGGCUGCUCUUCUGGGUUUGUCAGCAUUUUUUUCUAUGGCUGAGACUUCCAUAACUACGCUGUGGCCAUGGAAGGUCCGCGAGCUUGCUGAAAAAGAACCUGAUGAUGGUGUCUUCAAAAUGCUUCGUAGUGAUGUCACUCGGUUUCUGACAACUAUUCUUAUUGGCACAACUGUGGUUAAUAUUGGGGCAACUGCAUUAGUCACAGAGGCAGCCACAGCAAUAUUUGGUGAAGCUGGUGUUAGUGCAGCCACUGGAGUAAUGACUGUUGCAAUAUUACUCCUCACUGAGAUCACUCCUAAAAGUUUGGCUGUUCACAAUGCCACAGAGGUUGCUAGGUUUGUGGCGAGGCCAGUUGCAUGGCUUUCCUUAGUCUUGUAUCCUGUGGGAAGAGUUUUCACAUACCUGUCGAUGGGAAUGCUAAAGUUGCUUGGUUUGAAAGGGAGAAGUGAACCAUAUGUCACUGAAGAUGAAUUGAAGUUGAUGUUGCGAGGGGCAGAACUGAGUGGGGCGAUAGAGGAGGAAGAACAAGACAUGAUUGAGAAUGUGCUAGAGAUCAAGGAUACACAUGUUAGAGAGGUGAUGACGCCUCUUGUUGAUGUAGUUGCAAUUGAUGCCAGUUCAACUCUUGUUGAUUUUCAUGAGUUGUGGGUGACUCAUCAAUAUUCAAGGGUUCCUGUUUUUGAGCAGCGUGUGGACAAUAUAAUGGGUAUUGCAUAUGCAAUGGAUCUGAUAGAUUAUGUUCAGAAGGGCGAGCUACUAGAAAGUACAACUGUAGGAGACAUGGCUCAUAAACCUGCAUACUUUGUACCUGAUUCAAUGUCAGUCUGGAAUCUUUUGAGAGAGUUCCGCAUCCGGAAGGUUCACAUGGCAGUUGUUCUUAACGAAUAUGGUGGAACUAUUGGGAUAGUGACCUUGGAAGAUGUCGUUGAGGAGCUCGUUGGUGAAAUCUUUGAUGAAAAUGAUUCGAAAGAGGAGAUACAGAAGAAAACCGGCUACAUUGUAAUGCGAGCAGACGGAAUAUAUGACAUUGAUGCUAAUACAUCUAUUGAUCAGCUCUCUGAAGACCUAAAUGUCAAAAUGCCUGAGGGUCAUCAAUAUGAGACGGUAUCAGGUUUUGUAUGUGAGGCAUUUGGAUACAUUCCAAGGACAGGUGAGAGCAUCAAAGUGAUACUUGAAAAGGAAAAUCAAGAAGAGGAUGAUGAAGAAACUGAAGGCAAGUCUGAGCGACAAGAUAAGAAUGAUAAGCAUCAGAUAUAUAAACUUGAGAUAUUAGCUGGAAAUGCCAGAAAAGUUAGUGCUGUUCGAUUUGAACGAAUAAACAAUGAUCACGUAAAAGAAGUAACUCGUGUGAUUCCCAGAAUCAUGAAGAAGAAGAUAUGGAGCAGUAAUGAAGAGUCUGAUGGUUCUGAUUAUGACGAGGAUUCAUUCCAAAAGAGACCAGAGCAUGGUCUUUCUGAUUCCAAUGUAAUUGCUGAACAUGAAGAUGACAAUGAGAGUCCUGAUAGACAAUAGUUACAUCUCCCUUUCUUUCUCUCCUUCCCUCUCUCAAUUUUUACAGCUCCAUGAAAGCAGUAAAAAGACUUGGAAAAAGAACAAAGGAACUAGAAUGCUCAAGAUACAUUGUAAAAAUUUUUUCACAGAUGAAGUGAGGUAUCAACGUCUGAUUCAUCAAAGUUAUUUAUGUUGUGCAUUACAGUAUUUUUGGACCAUAGAUUCACCAAAUUUGGAGUCUCAUUGACCGGUAGAUCUGUAUACUUGUUCUCCAUAUUCGGCUGGACAUACAAAGAGCCUUGAAGUGGUUGCCCAGGUGAAAGUGUCAAUUCAGAGUGAAAAAACGGCCUGGAUGGCUCAUAAUCUUUAGCUGAUUGGACUUGUUCUGCUUCAGAGAAUAGCCUUAAGAGCUCCCUCUGCUGCCUCAUCUCCUUUGCUUUCUCUAACUGUCUAAACCUUUCCUGCAGAAGGGCAAUGGAGGAGUGGAUGACGGUGGGAUCGCAGUUUUGCCUACCCAUUUGAUCAAGAACUGGUUAUCUGUUAAUGAGAGUGAUAGAAGUAGUCUUUGGUAAUGGUAAGUCCUUGAAUUUCUGUAUUCCUAUAUAUAGCUAUAUAUAUAUAGGGUAUGUGUAUGUGGUGCAAUUCAAUAUGAGCUUCUAUUAUAGAUUCUGAAUGAUGUAUAAGGAAAAGUGGAAUCGGCAGCCAAGUCGCUAAGUCCAAGAAGGCAAAGUUGAGUAGCUAACCUAAGAAAUCUGGGUUGAUUUAUAUGAAGAGAGGCUAAAGGACCUCAUGAGGAUAAAAAGGCAGGAAAGAAAAUCCAAUAAGAAUGGAAUUUAGUAUUUGGAAGGGUUUUUAAAGAGGAAUAAAAGAAUAGGUUAUGCUCUGUCGGGUUGUCUCCAUGGGCUGCUAUAGCUUUGGAGAAGAUGUGCCUCAUUUGGUGGGAUCUUUUUAUUAUUUUUAGCUUUGAACAUUCUCUUUUCACCUUUCUCAAGUGCAAUAAGAAAGUAGAAAGUAAAGCUAUGAAGACAGGACAAGGAUUGCAACAGGGAAUAACUUUUGAAAUUGAUGUUAUUUUAUUUUUAUUUUUAUUUAUUUUAUUUUAUUUUUUUGGAUUGAUUGAA